UAAUAAAUUGUUUGAUUUACGUAAAAAAGGACAUGGUUGCAUGUGCUUUUAUUUUUUUAAUACUAUGAUAUUUUACCAAACUGUGUUGGCUACUAACUCGACUGGUUUCAUGUGUGUGUGGGUGAAGCGUGUUCUUAUGGAUGUAUCCACGGUUGUUGGGUCUGUUAAAUUGUUUAAUUAGAGUUAUCUCAAUAUAACGCUACGUUGGUUCUAUUUAAUCAGGAAAACCGUACUUUAUUCAUUUGGAUAUUGACUUUGAUGUAUUAAAAUCGAAUUUAGGCAUAAUCGAGAGGCCAGUGUUUGAUGACGACAUUUUGCAAGUACUUAGGGCAAAAGUACUUAUUAACGAAUCCUUCUGUAGAAUGUUUCGAAAAUAGCGUACCGAUUGUCUUCUGUUGUGAAUGAGAUGCCACGAGCAGAAUCGUUGGAUUUUGGAUUGAAGAGCUUUGAUUGUAUGAAAGGAUACUGAUCAUUAAGGUAUGAAAGAGUUUAAGUUUAAUCUUUAGCACAUCAGCAUCACUAUAAGGCAUCAUGGGUGAUACGUCAAUAUUCGCGAUGUACCGCUUGGGUAGGAAACUACUACACGAGUCUAUGCUUUCAUUGAAAAUCUUUCGUAGCUAUGUAUACCUACGUAGAAAUAAAUAUAUAAUUAAGCGGUCAUAAACAACAAACAUAAAUUGAACAAUAUUUUGGAUGUGCAGUGUAAUGAAUUGCGGCAGCAGUAAUCAUAAAUUAGUCAUUUACAUUCUCAGUAACCAGUGCCAUAGAUGUAGCCAUACAAACUUAUGUGCAGAAGCAACAAAAGUUAAGGGAGAAAUAUAACAGAAAAUUGAACAAAGAUUUUAGCUAACUUACUAUUAUAGCAUAUGUUUGGAUGAGCAUAUUUAGUUAUCUAAGAUAAUAAAUUUUCGGUUUGCUUAAACUUAUUAAUUGGUCUGUGCAUAAUACCCCAGGGCAUAAUAUAAGUUGAAUAGUAUUCUACACCGAACAAGGAUUACCCGCCUUUCAGUAGGAGGGCCGCAUCUUAUAUAACCGAUGUGGCCAUAUCGUGUUCCUGCGGGUGGGCCCUUUCUCGAUUUAAACAAAGCUUUGAUUAAUACUAUCCUAGCGUGCUACACGUAGUUGUUUUUGUAUGUUUGUUUUGAACAGAAAUACUGCGAGUUGCGCAUCAUACGGAAAGCGGAACUCACUAGUUGCCAUAUUGACCAGUAUACAUACUGAACAAAUUUCGUUCCCUAAGUGCACGUUGACAUAUUUGACACUGGGUUAUUAUUGUUUACUACACACUUCUCGACAUAUACAAUGAUAGUUGAUCCACUGCAUAUUUUCCCUUUGCACGAUUAGGCUGGGUGAAGUGCUGAAUCUAGCCCUGUCCUGUUGGUUUUCUCGUAGGCGUUGAUUCUCCGUCAGCAAGGAUCCUUUUGCUCGUCGUUAAGUAUCGCCAUGGGCGACUUCUGCGUGGUAUGUCAACAUCCGCUGGCAGCAGCAGCUUGUUGUGCGAGAUACGCUGUGUCUACAUCGUAUCAGAAAAGGCCCUGUCCGCUCUGCAUCAAAGGUGGCGGCGUCGGUGGCCAGCAGAGUCAGUCAGGACCCCGAAGCAUGAUCUCGCAAAAUAUGUGGCAACAACUCGAGCUCACGGCGCCACAGCCGCAUCAGAUCAACCGGUCAAGGGUAAACGAGUGUAAAUUUAAGGACAAAGUUGCAUAACAGAUAGUUUUCGAAUGGGGAAUGCUCUAGACCUCGUGUCACAUUAAGCCAGCGCAAACUGUUAUCUGAAUCAGAUUGCGCGAUUAGCCAAGGUAAAGGACGAAAAGAAACCGGAAAGUAGUACGGCGGAAAAUACGACGCAUUUUGCAAGAAGAAUACAUCAACUCGUCAGAAGUAUCAAGCUAAGCCUCCGACCUCGGUCGAUUAGGUCGCACGAACGUCGUCCACAACAAAGGACAGCAGUGCAAACUUAAGAGAAGAAGUCGAGGAGGAAGGCAAGUCGUGACAGCAUCUUCAAUUAUUGAUGGUAAAUCGCGCAGAGAAUGACAGGGCCGGUCACACUCAACGGCGCACUAUCAAACCAGAACACUGUCGGAUUUUCCGUUCGUCUUGGCUGAUCCGCUGCUCUCGUAAGUACCUCCAAGGUUAGAAAGAAUCUUAAAAUAAUUAUAUUCUCUUUGACUUUCAAGCCCAUCUUAUUUUAAACAUUUUCAGCGCCACUUGUCCAAUACACUCUAGCAAACCUUUCCAUCUUAAAAGGUCUCUUUAAGGUCAACAUUCAACGCAUUGUGACCUCUUAUACACUGGCAGUGCUGUGGCUGCCGUUCCAUGAAUUACACAUAGUAGGCGAAGUAAUUCCUAGAAAAGUACAGCAUGUCAAAUUGUUCAAAGGAUACAAAGGCUAUGCUGCACAUAUUUUAGUUAAAAAAAAAAAAACUGGGGAUGCUAAAUUCAGCUUUAGUAAUGCUUCACAGGGGUUCCUCAGCGUUCGAAACGAACAUGUUAGAACACAAGAAGAGUAUCGCCUCUCUCAUAGAAUCCCAUGCCUGGCUUACCUUUCUUCUUAAUCUUCUAUCGUCUCUGGAGAUGACGAAAACCCUCGUACCGCAUUUUCUGUCUCGCCCCCUAAAUUGUCAUCUCUCAGGGGCAGAUAACUGAAGGCAUAUCUUUCGAGAUGUAAGAUUAAUCAUUGUGUAAACCUGAAGAAGCAGCCACUAUCGCAAGUGAACAGUCAGCUUGUUGAAGUUCGCUUAUACAGUAAUUCUCAUUCAGGGUUACUGGAGAAAUUUUGGUAACUAAUAGAAUUUCGAAGUUGUACUAGGCCUAAUUAGGCACUGGUUAAAAAACUGUCGAAAACUUUCGAUGACGAUAGUGAUGGCUUCGUCUUCAGUGCUCCGUGGAAUCAGUUCCUCAUUGAAUCUACGAUACUGUCUAACCGUUUUUGUGACUGUCAAUCUACAGGUAGCCAACGGCCGCACUAGUUUCGUAAGUCAGUCCUUUUCCUCGACGGUUUUAUAUUCGAAUAAGCAUCAGAUACUUGCUUAUAACCGCGGUUCAGGGAAAGAUUUCGUUGUACUUGAUGAUCCGAGCCGGACAUCGGAAGUUGCCGCCUUCGAUAUUGAUGUUGCCAAUGGAAAGUUGUUUGUCGUGACUGUAAAAAAAGAAUCUAACAUCUCAUCGACACAGAUCGCUAUAGCUACGAUAGGGGGUAAACCCACGGUUCUAUUUAAGGAGCACAGUUUUGAUCACGUCGUAGACAUAGCUUUUGACUGGAUUACAAAAAAUAUGUAUUUAGUUGUCGCGAAUGGUAGCAAAAUUGUUGUUUGUCGCACCGAUCGGCCGUAUUGUACAGACAUCUUCAAUGGACGAGACGGCGCCCACUCCAUCCGUUUGGAUACAGUGCGUGGGGACCUAUACUGGGGCGAACGUCAUGGUCGUGUCUAUAAAGGUCGGAUGGACGGAAAACUGAGCCAGAUUUUUUUAUUUGGAGAUCCAAGCAAGACUGCUGAAAUUGGCAUUGAUCUAGCUACUGAACGCUUUUAUUGGCAAGGAUCGCAAAGUAAUAUAGUUGAGUUCAUUUACUUGAACAAUGUAACUCAAAGUGAAAUUGUAAUCCCAGCAAUACGAACUCCGUCCGCAUUGGCUAUCUCCCAAGAUAUGCUUUAUUGGUCGGAGGUCUCAGAAAAUAAAAGUACUCUUAGUAUUUGCACCUCGCAAAGAUGUACCAAGCAAACUGUUUUAGGCCAAACUGAAACAGCAAACUAUUUCAAGUUGAAGCUGUCUAGCAUGUCAAUGCAACCGACUCGGCCUAAUCCCUGCCGCAAGCGACCCUGUUCACAUAUUUGCGCCAUAUCCGGACCAGCCGACAAUGACUUCAGCUGCCUUUGCCCGCGACAUUUUUCAUUGAUCUCUAAAACACUUUGCGAAGUGACUGUGUCAUCAUUUUUCGUCGUUGUUGAAGAAGAGCUCUUUAAAGCUCCGGUUGAUGCGGCACUAAAUAAUGAUUUGAGCGUUCAAGAUGAGGUGAUGCGCGUUCCUCGUAUGACAGAAAUCGUUGUUGAUGAUGCCGAGUCUGUUUUAUAUGGUGUUACUUACGGCCAAGUUCCUAAACUUAUUAAAAUCAACAUUAACAAUGGACUCGUUACGGAGUUCUGGGCAGGAGCUUCCGAACACAUCAAAUCACUCGUGUUUGACCCAUUGCAUCGUCUACUGUAUUGGCUUGACUCUCAACAUAAGACCGUUGUUUUGUUCAACGUUGACCGUAAAGAGAUGACACGCAUACAAUUACAUUCAAGUCGAAGUGAAACUAUAGCUGAGGAUCUUGCCGUCGACUUUCGCAGAGGGAUCUUCUAUAUACUAUUCGAACUAAACGGUGUUCAUCAAGAUCGAGUCAUACAACAAUAUGGUUUGGACGGUAGGCUUGAAUCUGAGUUACCCAAGAUGUCUUAUAAGCCGGAACGUAUUGCUAUAGACCAAUCAACCGGCAGUCUAGUGAUGUCGGCAGCAGUCAGUAGUGAAGAUUCAGUGCAUAGAAACAUUUUCGUAUUUGAUGUUCAGACCGGCGCGUCAUCAGUAUUAGCAGAAAAUACGCUUUUCGUGACGAAAUUACACGCUUGGUUCUCCCGAACCUUCUGGAUAACGCCUUACCAGCGGGGCUUUUUUGGUAUCGCUGAACCGAAAGGAAAUAUUUCACAUAUUGUUCGCGAGUACUGGCGCUCGCCUACUGCCGCGAUCGCGAUUUCUGGGUUGCACGUAAACCCGAUCGAAAGAGCGAUGUGCAGUGUGGAAAAUGGGGGUUGUUCAAACACCUGCGUUAACUCAAUUGCCAAAGGCCGCGCUUGUAUUUGCCCCGACGGUAUGAUGCUUGAAGACGGCACUCUGUGCGUGACACACAACAAAACCCUCGAAUGUACGCACGAUGAGUUUGCGUGUACGAAUGAUUUUCAAUGUAUUCGAUGGCAGUACAAAUGUAACGGUGUCAACGACUGUGACGACGGUUCGGACGAAAAGCCAAGUAUAUGCGAUGAAGUAGGCAAAUGUUCACCAGACACGCACAGAUGUGCAAAAUCACUUGAAUGUAUACCCGUCCGGCUGUUCUGUGACGGCGUAGCUCAUUGCCAAGACGAAUCCGAUGAAGUUAAUUGUACUACUGUGUUACUGGGGACAAAUGAGUUCCGACUCUCAGGAGUCUUCACAGUCAAAUGGAACUCUGAGAGACUGAUAGCCGUCGGGAUAUUGGCGGCAGCUGUCGCCUUCGCUAUGAUCAUUAGCUACGCCAAAUGCCAGCAACGAAAAUACCGUUCGGUUGAUACUCGUCACAUUGAGCUAAAACAACUACCUGUGACGCUGUCUAAAAUGCAGCCUAUUCAUGGUUAGCGGAAAUCUACACUACCGAUUCCAUUUGGCACUAAUCAUAAGUUGGGAAGAAUUUCCUGUAUGUAACUUUAAUUGGAUAAGCACUUGUGAGUGGAAGACGAUUAUAUGAUUGUGUCCUUUGAGACAUCCUGAAGCUUAAUUCGUUCCAGGUUGCUUUUGUUUCUUGUAGACAAGUUAAAUUGGGGGCGGUCUGAACAAAUGUGCAUCCUCUAAUGCGCGACACAUAGCUUACAAGAUAAUCCGGUAGAAAAAAAAGACAUUACGCAUUUAAAUGGUAGACAGCAGAAAAUAAACGGCACGAAGUAGUGCUGAACGACACAACGAGAACGCGCCGGUAACUAUAUUCAAACGUCUGAUUUCUGCAACACCGCGUGUAUUUUUGGGUAACUUAUCGUUUUCAAUGUCGUGACUCGAAUCUACGAUGUUUAUUACUGUCAAAUAAAUAUAUACAUUAAAAUGUG